AGCAUUUCAUAAUACCAGGACGAUGUCGAUAGCUCCACGUGCCAUUCUGAUCACAGGUGCGAACCGGGGUCUUGGACUGGAAUUCGUCAAACAAGUCGUCUGCUUUACGUCUCCACCGAAGCAUUUGUUCGCAACAUGUCGGGAUCCAGAAUCGGCCACGUCUCUUCAAGAAAUCGCCAAGGCACAUUCCUGUGUGAAAAUGAUGAAAUUGGAUGUCACGAGAGAUGAUGAUAUUCAGACGACAUAUGAAAACACACGACAUGUUCUUGCUGAGGAGGGUCUGAAUCUUAUCAUAAACAAUGCAGGCAUCGCUUACAAGAAACAGUAUUUAGGAAAUCUCACACACAACGACUUGUUAGAGCAGUUCGCCGUCAAUGUCUUUAGUCCUCUUCUCAUUACACAGGCGUUAUUGCCUCUGCUAAAGCUAGCGGCCCAGAAGUCGUCAGACAAAGGAAUGUCCUGGCACAAAGCUGCACUGGUCAACCUUUCGUCUGUGCUUGGAUCUGUGGAGAACAACCAACAAGGCGGCUUAUACCCGUAUCGGGCAUCGAAGGCGGCGCUGAACAUGGUGACGAAAAACCAGAGUAUUGAUUUGAAGGCGGACGGGAUUCUUGCUGUUGCCAUCCAUCCCGGAUGGGUCCGCACCGAUAUGGGAGGCAAGGCGGCUCCACUGUCGGCGACCGAGAGCGUCCAGGGUAUGCUUAACGUCUUCUCCAGUAUGUCUGAGGAAACCACUGGUACGCUCGUCGACUACACCGGGAAAGUGAUGUCAUGGUGAUGUGCCUCUUGUGAGUCUAUUUCUGUCCUGGAUAUUUGAGGCUGAUGCUGACUUUGAUAUCAAUUUAUCUCGCUUAUCAAGAAAAUGGUUAAUUACCGACAAAAUGCAGGUUUUAUGAUUAUGCAGAAAGAUUUAUUCCGUUGAAAACAUUUAUUUUUGUCGUCUGUCGUCAUUGAUAAGAUUAAAUACUUCCAUGCACUGUUAGCCUCUGCGUGGGUUGUCACUGGUAGUCACGGCGUGGUUGUCACUGUUAGUCUCUGCAUGGGUCGUCACUGUUAGCCUCUGUGUGGGUCGUCACUGUUAGCCUCUGCGUGGGUCGUCACUGAUAGUCUCGGCGUGGGUUAGCACUGUUAGUCUCUGCGUGGGUCGUCACUGAUAGUCUCGGCGUGGGUUGUCACUGUUAGCCUCUGCGUGGGUCGUCACUGAUAGUCUCGGCGUGGGUUAGCACUGUUAGUCUCUUCGUGGGUCGUCACUGAUAGUCUCGGCGUGGGUUGCCACUGUUAGCCUCUGUGUGGGUCGUCACUGUUAGUCUCUGCGUGGGUCGUCACUGUUAGCCUCUGUGCGGGUCGUCACUGUUAGCCUCUGCGUGGGUCGUCACUGGUAGUCUCUGCGUGGGUCGUCACUGGUAGUCUCUGUGUGGGUCGUCACUGUUAGCCUCUGCGUGGGUCGUCAUUGAUAGUCUCGGCGUGGGUUGUCAC